AUGGUGAGAAGCACAACCCAACAUGUAGAAGAUGAAGAAAAGCACCACAGCUCUUCUCCCACAGAAGAGAGCAAAAGAGGUGAUUCCAAAGUUAACAUUUCCCGUUCUAAGCAUUCGGAGACAGAGCAGCGCAGAAGAAGCAAAAUCAACGAGAGAUUCCAAAUUUUGAGGGAUCUAAUACCCGAAAAUGAUCAAAAGAGAGACAAAGCUUCAUUUUUGUUGGAGGUUAUACAGUAUAUUCAAUUUUUACAGGAGAAGUUGCAGUUAUAUGAGGGCAAUUGUCAAGGUUGGAGCCCAGACCCUGCAAAGUGUUUGCCGUUGAGGUUAAAUCCUGGGCCACUCGAGAGCUUCCUUGAUAAUUCACAAUUUGACAGGACUUUUUCUGGAGAUGAAGACAAGUUUCUUGACACAGCACUGGUAAGUAGUGCACAAAACUCACCGAACAUGCCACUGCAAGCACUGUUGCUUGAGGGAUCUUAUCAUGAUGCUGAGCAAGCGGAGCAUCAGUCUUGGUCCCACUUUUGGCCCAGAGGGUCGUGUCGUGAUGAUUGUUCUGUUCCCUUAUAUGCGGCAAACAAGGAAGAAUUGAGGAGUGACAGUGGAGAGGUGACUGUGUCAAUUGCCCAUUCUCGAGGGUUGUUAAAUUCUCUGAAAAAUUCGCUGCAGUCAUCAGGAGUGGAUUUGUCCAAAUCCAGCAUUUCGGUCCAGCUUGAUGUAGGAAAACGAACAAUCGGCAGAAGUACAAAUGCGAUGUUUUUUGUCAGGGAUGACGAGGAUGCUUCUUGCCUCGAUUAUGGAGCUCCCACAAAUAUUUCUGCGGACCAUGAACAUCCUCAAAAAAGAUAUACAGGGGUCUUUUUGAAUCAAAUAUACGAGUAUUCUCCUAUUGGAAGCUUAUGUAUGCGUCUUCGUUCGAAAUAUUUGGUUUCAGGCCUUGACGCUGUUGUGGUAGCUUGA